AGUGCCUUGACUCACGCAAGCUAGAAGUUAGCCAAAGAAGGGGUGUUCGCAAGAAAUAAAAAUAAAAAGUGUUUUCAUAAUGAUAUUCUGUGUAAUGCGAGAUUUUGUUGCUGUAAUGUGAAAAACAUCAAAACAAGAUCGUCGUGUGUGUAUUUACAAAAAUGGCAAACCCAAAGCGCGCAUGGAAACUUCAAGAAUUUACGGCUCAUGGUGCUGAUGUCAAGUGUGUAGGAUUGGGCCAUAAGUCUGGGCGUGUCAUGGUGACUGGUGGGGAUGAUCGCAAAGUCAACUUGUGGUCGGUGGGCAAACCACACUGUAUAAUGAGUCUGACAGGCCACACAACCAGCAUUGAGGCAGUUCGCUUUGGCCACGCUGAAGAGAUGGUAAUUGCUGGGUCCCUUUCAGGAGCACUGAAGGUGUGGGAUUUGGAGCAGGCCAAAAUUUUGCGCACACUAACUGGCCAUAAAGCUGGUAUCAAGAGCCUUGAUUUUCAUCCCUAUGGUGACUAUGCAGCAUCUGGCUCCAUGGACUGUAAUGUCAAGCUGUGGGAUAUACGAAGAAAAGGUUGUAUUUACACAUAUAAGAGUCAUACAGGCUGUGUCAACUGUUUGCGAUUUAGUCCUGAUGGCCGCUGGAUCGCAUCGGCAGGCGAGGAUGAUGUCGUUAAGCUAUGGGACCUGACAGCUGGCAAGCUGUUGACAGACCUAAAAUUGCACAAGGGACCUGUCAAUGUGGUUGAGUUCCAUCCUCAUGAGCUUUUGUUGGCAUCUGGCAGCAGUGACAGAACCAUCAAGUUUUGGGAUUUGGAAACAUUCCAACUUGUUAGCAGCACAGAAGGAGAUUCCACAGGAAUUAGGUCCAUCGCUUUCCAUCCAGACGGCAUGUGCCUGUACAGUGGAAGCCAUGACAUGUUGAAAGUCUAUGGCUGGGAGCCAGUGCAUUGCUUUGAUGCAGUUUCCAUAGGAUGGAGCGAUGUUUGUGAUAUGAGCAUCUCUAAUACACAGAUGAUUGGAGCAUCUUUCUACAAAACGAAUGUGUCUUCAUUUGUGGUAAACCUGGAGAGUGUCCGGCCUCUUGGUGGCAGUCAGGCAACAAACAGUAAUCGACGGGAAUCAUCCGGCUUGUCCAACAGCCGCAAAAUAUUUGUGACAGAACGUCCACCAACACAGUCAACAAAACAGGCCAGUGAGCCCAAGCAGUCUGAUGAACCUGCAGAAAAGACAGAGGAAGGUGAAGAUGCAUCAGCAGCAGAUAUCCAAAACCCUGCUGAGUACCGAGAGCUGUUCCAGGGAAACAUACGGCAAGCUCAUGUAAACCCACCCAGAGUGGAGCCAUUCCGGCCUCCAGCAGAUGACUCAGCAGCAGAUGCGGAGCCUGUCAGACAGCGAUCAGCUGACAAAAAUGAGCGAGGUGCUCAGAAUAUCAAGCCCUCCCGGCCAGUGGAAAGGUCACCGCCCCCACAGAAACGAUCCCCCCGCCAGGCCAAUGACAUCAGUGCUGAAGAUUUCAUGCCUAAACAGCCAGAGCAAGUCACAGGCACCCUGUCAGAGAAUGAAGUGCUUGACUUCAUCGCCAACGGUCAUAAUGCCAUGAUGACAGUCAUGUCUAACCGCAGCAGAAAUCUGCAGAUUGUGCGAGCCAUGUGGACGUCUGGUAAUCUCAAGACAGCCAUUGACUCAGCCAUCAGCAUGAAUGAUCCUGCUGUUCUGGUGGAUGUAGUGAACAUUCUUAACUUGAAAACAUCUCUUUGGAACCUGGACCUGUGUACUAUUCUGCUGCCCAAACUGAAAGAGCUGAUGUCUAGCAAGUAUGAGUGCUAUGUGGUGACAGCUGGUCAGGCAAUUAAGCUGGUCAUACGGAACAUGGGGCAGACCAUCAAGACCAACCUGACAGCACCACCUGGCAUAGGAGUGGACAUUUCCAGAGAAGAAAGAAAUAAAAAGUGUUCUCGAUGUCACACAGCUCUGAUGGACAUUCGCAGCAUGAUUGAGAAACGCCGUGAUGCUGCUGGCAAACUGGCCAGCCUGUACAAAGAGAUCUUACUGCUGAUGAGCACACUGGACUGAACACCCUGCUUCCUUGUCUCUCUCUCUGGAUUUCCUGUCCCACAAGCCCUGACCGAACACUGCACAUUGGCAUCUGUGUGUGUGAGCAAGGCAAAGCUGCAGAACUGGAAGAAGAUAGUGUAUUAGUAAAUGUUCUGGUUGUUACUUCUGGAAAGCCAUUGGACUGACCAUGGCUAUGUCCAGUGUGAUCGUGUUUAGUGUCAUAUGACAAGUAGCAUGUAAUCUUUAUGGUGAGAAGCACCAAGCAAACAUAUGGUUUUAUCUCACUGUAAUACGUCCACUUUGUUUCGCAGAUGCCUGGCACAGAAUUGAACUUUGAAAAGGAUAGUCACCAUCUUUUCAUUUUACUCCAAAGACUAUUUUCUUAAGGAAGAUGAUGGGCUUGACAUAGUGAAACUUGUGCCACGUUACACAGUCUGUGGUAUGUUCAGCUGAGGUAGGAUAGAAAAUUCAAUUUUGCAGCAUAUUUCCCAUCGUUUGUGUUCUAAAUGAUGCGUUGCUCCUUGCUGUGUGCGUGAACAAAGAGGUGACAAAUAGCCAGGCAGUGUGAGUGUUAAUAUUUAUGGAGGCUGAUAGCUCUCAGAUGCAUGACCUUUCAUUCCACAGUGUCAAGUGUGUCGUGUCAUUCAAUGUCAGGAUGUAGGUCAGCAUUUCUGUGAUAGACUGAAGCUGCUGCAGGCACUGUCAUGUGUCUUACCCUUGCUGAAACAACACAUGUUUCAGGUGCGUUGCAUAGGCAUGCACACAAACACAAACUCCCAUUUGUUCAGCAGCUGGUGCUCUGAACAGUAGAGUGCUGAGAAACAUUUGCUGUGCAUUGUGAGUUAUUUUGGCCAUAUCUGGUGUAUGCCACUUCAGAAUGCUGUGCAGAUGGACCAAGUCAAAACUGCAAACAGCUUUUUGUUGGUAUAUUAUGCACUGUGGCAGCCAGCCCACUGGGAACAAUUUUUCAGCACCAUGUCACUAAGAGAUAUGUUUUCAGUUUAAUGACAAUUGUACAAAGGUACUAGUGUUGAAGUGUUGGGCUGUCAUUCAUUGUGAUCUCCAAGUAUAUGUGUUUACCUGUUUACCUGUUUCACUGUGUGUCCUGUGUGGUUGCAUGAAAACAAGAUAUGAAAACUACAAGAAAUAAUGUUGCUCUUUCUGCAGACAUGCGCUCUUCAGUCCAUAGGCUUGAUAUGGUGUGUUGAAAUGUGGAGUUUGGGCCUAGCAUGAGUAACUUAGAGUUUGUGCUGAAUAGGGCAAUGUUCCAUGCUUCAAACACUGAGCACCUUCACUGCAAAGCUACAAAAACUGUCGCCACAAGCAUAAGACUCUGCACAAAGAAACAACUGUCAGAAAAUGUCAUUAUCUUUGGUGAACAAAUGGGCAUGCUGGACAUUGCAAAUAUAAUGAAAUCAAUGUUCACAUUAAUUCUAAAGACCAGCAUUAAAACCAAUUUUUAUUUUCUUA